AUAAAAUCUUUUAAAAAAUACUACUUCUGUACGGUGACGAAAAUUUUCAACGCAGCGGGUUGCCGCUGGGCUUAAGAUAACCUAAAAACCAAUCUUAACACGAACUUAUUUUCUUGAAACUAUAGUUAUGUGGGGUGAAAUCGACCCUCCAGUUGUGGUUAAAACACAACCGAGUCCGGUUGAGUUCGACACCAGGGAAACAUCAGAGGAACCUGCGGCUCUUCUUCCUCUGAGACUCGACCUGAACCGACCCGCUCACACAGACACCCGGGACCGGGAGGCUCCGCGAGAGGAAGUGGACACGCCACCGGCAGAGUCCAGCUGUGUGGCAGAGAUGAUAGAGGCUGUGGCGAUGAGCGGCAGCUCGGUGAGGAGCCAGCAGCUCGGAGAGGCUGAGCUGACCUUCGGGGAGCGCAGAGCAGAGCUGCUGCAGCAGUACAGGAGCAGACCGCUGGUCUUCAUGGAGAGGUACCAUGCUCACCUGAAGCCCGAGCACCUCCUUGCAUUUGCGCACGUCAGCUCAGACCCGAGAGCCCAACACUACAGCCACAUGGUUCGGACACGAGCGUCCGGCUGCACCAGCAGGACCAGAGUCAGGAACCAGCGUUAUGCUGCCCUCAGGGCUCUGCAGGAUGAGGGUCAGUAUUUCAGUGAGGAGCAGAUGCGAAUGAGGGAGCCUCUGCUGUACGAACAGUACAUUGGUCAGUACCUGACUGAUGAGGAGGUGCUGGAGCGCUCCCAGGAGGCCAUGUUGGGUGGUGCAGAGGAGGGAUCAGGGGGAGGCACAGCGGGGCUUGCCCACCUGCUGCUGAAUUCCUACCAGGAGAGACUCAUCCAGAGCCGCCUGCAGCGGGAGCAGGAGAGAGAGGAUGCUGCGCAAGAGGAGGAGGAGGACGAGGAGGAGGAAGAUGAUGCUGUCAGAGUUCAGCAGAAAGAAUGGGAGCCGACCACAGAAGAAAAGGCUCUGCUCAGAGAGGAGUUUAUCAGCCAGAUGCACCAACGCUUCUUAGAUGGAAGAGACAAAGACUUUAACUACAGUGAGGUGGACAACAACCCCGACUAUGACAACUUGGACAUCGUCAGCAGAGACGCAGAGGAUAAGUACUUCGAUGAAGAUGAGGAGGAGGAUGACAUGGAAAAAGAUGAGGAGGAAGAGAACAUGAUGGAAUAGUGUGUUAUUAUUAGUAACAACUCAUUUUUGUUAUUGUGUAAAUAGCGAUGUAUAAAAUAAAAACGUGUUGUCUAUUU